AUGACCAGAAUAAACAUCGUGAGUGUGAACUUCGUCAACAAUCCGUGCUCCUUCAAGCAGCCGUUCAAGCUCGAGGUCACCUUUGAGGCGUUUUCUCAUCUUGAGAAAGAUAUUGAAUGGCAGCUCAUCUACGUCGGCUCUGGUGCAAGCAGUGAACAUGACCAGCUUCUCGACUCUGUUUUCAUUUGGCCUACACCCGAAGGACGGCAUCAAUUUGUGUUUCAGGAAUUUAUUUGUCUCGGCUGGAAUGUGCAAGUGCAAUACAAUGAGCCGGAGUUCAACGAAAAUCCACCAACCAAAACCGAUGAAAGCAAGCUAGUUCGUCAAGUGAUGGUCGACGGUAUUGAUGGCGAAGACAUUGCCAUCGAUCUUGGUGCUGAAGAAAUUGAAGACGGUGACGGUGAUGGCAAUGCCAUCGAUGAACAACAGAUUUCUGAUGAUGUUGUCGCGUCAUCGAGUGAAGAGGCAAAAAGCGAUGAUCCGGAAGUGUUGGAGCAAAUCGAACGAGAAAGAAUUAUCGAAAUGUAUGAAAAGGGACCUGAGGAUCCGUGGAUCGAUGACUGGGAGAACCUCGAUUGGGAUGUGUACAGAAAGACAGAUCGUCACGGUUUCAUACACAAAGAAGGCCUAUCGGAAGCUGAACGUGUUCAAAGUGAAAAAGAACGAAUAGAAACAGAAAUUAGACGCGAGAAAAAAUGGCUCUCAAUGUUAUCACAAUGCGAAACGGCCGCUACGGAUACGAGUAUGGCC